AUGACUGGUAUCUUUUACUUUGGGCCUUUCUCAUCAGAUUCUUGGCUCUUGCAGUUAGACCAGAUAGACGUCCUGAGCGAGCUUCUGUUCACUUCUAAAAUGUCUCAUGCCAAUGAUUCUGUGCACAGUGAAGCUCAGGAUGACAGGUUCCUUGAGAUUCUGAUGGUUUCAUCUCUGUCUACAAUUCCAUCCUGUGUGUUUCUCUACAUUAACGGGAUCAUGUUGUUCACUCUGAGGAGUAAAACUGUGUUUUGUGAGACUGCUCGCUACAUUCUGCUGUAUAACCUGCUGUUUGCUGAAACUGUGCAGCUGGUUGUGAGUCAGGUUUUGUUCCUGUUGGCUGCUGCUAGAGUAAUAAUGACAUAUCCUCUAUGUGGAUUUCUCACCCAGCUCACUAUUCUCACCACUGUGAUCUCUCCUCUCACUCUGGUGGUGAUGUCUGUGGAGAGAUAUGUUGCUGUGUGUUACCCACUGAGGCAUGCUGAUAUUGUCACUGUCAGAAACACAGAUGUGGCCAUCAUUUUGAUUUGGAUGUUUUCUUUUCUGAAUGUUCUCAUUCGACUUCUUCUGCUGUUGGAGCUUCCUUUUGACGACCUGCUGAAUCUACAGGUCAGAGGAUUCUGUUCGAGUAUAAACAUGUUUGUUGGACCAAUAUCUGAAGCUUAUAGCAGAGCAUUCACAGGUUUUGUGUUCACAUCAGCCGGUGUGGCCAUCAUUUCCUCCUAUAUUGGUGUUGCAGCAGCAGCCAGGUCGGCCUCUGCAGACAAAGCUUCAGCCCAUAAGGCUCGAAACACACUGCUGCUGCAUCUGGUGCAGUUGGGCCUCAGCCUCUCCUCCACCAUUUACUCUCCACUGCUCAUUGCUCUGUCAACAGUAGUGGUCAGAAUUGUGCUUGUCCGCAUCCAGAUUCUUGUUUAUAUGUUUACUUUCAUUGUGCCCAGAUGUCUGAGUUCACUCAUCUACGGCCUCAGAGAUCAGAGCAUCAGGCCUGUCCUCAUGUUCUACCUCUGCUGCCGACGGGUGUCAAAGUAA